AUGUUCGCCUCCCGAUUACUCCGAGCCAUCUCCCGCCCCACCUCCUCGAUCCGCUCCACCCCGACCUCGAACUCGACCUCGAGCGUCCUCCUCGGUUCUCGAAGAUGGAACAGCUCGGACGCCGCUAAACAGGCUGAAGAGGAGAAGAUCAACAAGGCCGCUGAUAAGGUCGAUUCCGCCGCCGAGGAGGUGACGAAAAAGGUUGCCGAAUUGGAGACGCAGGUCAAGGAGUUGAAGUCCGCAUUGACCUACGGCAAAGCCGACUUUAUCAACCUCCAAAAACGGACCGACCAAGAGAAAAUCACCGCACGGGAAUACGCCAUCCAGAAGUUCGCCCAAGACCUCCUCCCUACCGUCGACAUCCUCUCCACCGCCCUGAAAUACGUACCCCAACCUAUCCCUUCGGAGAACACCGCCCUGACGGCGCUCUUUUCUGGCGUGCAGAUGACGAGGUCGGAGCUGUUGAAGACGUUGAGCAGGCACGGGGUCGUCGAGUUUGACCCGACCGGGGAAAAGUUCGACCCGAACGUUCACGAGGCCAUGUUCCAGGCGCCUAUUCCGGGCAAGGAGGCGGGGACGGUGUUUGAGACGCAGAAGAGCGGGUUCAUGUUGAAGGGCAGGACGUUGAGGCCGGCUCAGGUUGGGGUCGUCCAGGAUACCAGCUAG